GAUCGGGGGAUAAAAAGAGACGUAAGGAUAGAUGAAAAGGGACAGAAGGUUCCUCCCCUAAAAAUCCCCCGUCAAUUAAUCUUCCCCCGGGCUGUGGUCUUCCGGGUCUGAAAAAGAGCGGCGCGGACGCAGCCGUCAAAGAAAACACCCACAACAAACAAGCGGCAAAAGAGCAAGAAGAGGCCGGCAGCAACAAAGCGGCCGACGAACAAGAAGAGAGGCAAACGGCGAACGAGAGAAAGGGUGAAGCGCGAAGAAGAGGAGGUGUCGGUCGCUGUUCCUCGGCCGUGGCCGGCACGUGCGCGCACCGACUCUCCUCGUGACUCGGAAGAAGGGCUCGGCCCGCAGGAAGGAACGAAGAAGGAGAAGAGAAGAGGAAGCGUGUGAAGCGAAAAGUGGCGGCAGUUCGCCGCGAACCGUCAACGAGGACGUGUAUCGAGCAGACCGGUUCGAGCUGGACCGAGCGUUUUCACGCGUUCUGCCACCACGUGGUCUUUGCAUUCCGCUUCGACAGAAAACAAGCAAGUUUUUUUUUUCAUCUUUUCCAACAGUAUUCUUUCGCAUGGAACAUAUCAUCGAGCGGAUAUACAUUGACUCGUGUCGAAUGUCACGUCGGACAUCGAUUAUUAUAGAGAGGAAUCGAGGUUUUUGUCACGUUGAUGACAGUAUGACGAAUUAUCGUGGUGUUUUUGGCUUGUGAAGCAUUGUCACGAGGAGAGAUGCAGAGGGUGAAGAUGAUCGAAGGGUGAUUGGGAAGUUGAGGUUGGUUUACUCUGGGAAGCUUCCUGAGUGGCAUUGGAGUACUGACGAUCGGCGAACACCCGGAACUGAGCAACGAGAAGAUGAGAAUGGAGCUGCAGAUCUCAGUGUGCCUGACGGCUCUUAUACUGACGAUAGCCGCCGAAGAGAAACCGACGAACACCGUUUCCGUGUCUUCUAGCACGGCAACGAUCCAGAGCAACACGAUCCAGAAAUUAAUCAAGAUUCUGGAGAAAUACGGUUUAGAAGAGCAGAGAGGCCUGAAGAGGGUCUACCUGAGCAACAGGUCGAUCACAUGCAACGACGGAUCCCAGUCAGGGUUCUACCUGAGAAAGUCGCAUGGUUCCAAGAGGUGGAUCAUCUUUUUAGAAGGUGGCUGGUACUGCUACGACCAUAAGAGCUGCAGAAACAGGUGGCUCAGGCUGAGGCAUCUGAUGACGUCGACUCAGUGGCCUGAGACACGCGACGUUGGUGGCCUGUUAUCAGCUAAUCCGGAAGAAAAUCCGUACUGGUGGAAUGCGAAUCACGUAUUUGUCCCUUAUUGCACGAGUGACAGUUGGAGCGGUACUAGAGCUAUACCGAAUGACAUGUUCUCCUUCAUGGGUGCAGAGAUUGUACUGCAAGUGGUGCGGGAUCUGAUUCCUCUUGGACUUGAGAACGCAAGCUCCCUUCUUUUGGCUGGUAGUAGCGCUGGUGGAACCGGUGUCAUGUUGAAUUUGAAUCACGUGCACAGCUUAGUUCAUCACAAUUUGGGAUUGAAACAUAUCGCGAUAAGAGGUGUUUCGGAUUCGGGCUGGUUUCUCGACAGGGCUCCCUAUUCACCAAACGGUUUGUCACCAGUUGACGUUGUUCACAAGGGGAUGGAACUUUGGAAGGCUCGAAUGCCGCACAAUUGUGUCAACAAGUACCCAAACGAACCGUGGAGGUGCUACUUUGGCUACAGACUAUAUCCAACGUUGACUGCGCCACUGUUCGUCUUCCAAUGGCUGUUUGAUGAGGCGCAGAUGUCGGCGGAUAACGUGGGUGCACCGGUGACUAAGCAACAAUGGGAUUAUAUACACAAGAUGGGUGACAGUCUGCGACAGACAUUUGAAAACGUUAGCGCGGUCUUUGCCCCGAGCUGUAUUAGUCAUAGCGUUCUGACGAAGAGAGAUUGGCAGUUGGUCAAGAUAGAUGAGAUUUCCUUGGCACAGGCGUUGCACUGUUGGGAGCAAAUACCGAUUGGGAAUCGUCGAAACGACACUCGUUCGCCAAUUGAGACGAACCAACCGUGCGCGAAGUCAUUACGGAAGCUACUACGAUCCGGUCUGACGAAGGGAAACGGAACUUCGUUUGAACCGGGAAGAAGCGGAAAGAGCGACUUCAUAGCGGAGUUGCAAAAAGUCAAAUCGCCGAUGAUCGGUAAAUCGAUCGAGAGAAAGAUUUCGUCGAACGCCCUGAUGCAGGACAGGGAGAACAAAAAGAGGAGGAGACGGAAGCACAAAGGCAAACGCAGGGACAGAAAUAAGAUAUCGAAAAUGAAGAAGGAGAAACACGAGCGCAGAAAAUCUACAGGUCGUCGGAAGGGUAACAAGCAGAACAACGACAGCAACCAUACAGGCAUGUUCAACGGUACCAGACCGCAGCGCUCGGUGAUACCAUCUGGCAAACGGAAGUGUGUCCAGGGCUGCCACUUCCGGUUAAUCGAACGUUGCACUUGGCCGCAGUGUAAUCACAGCUGCCCAAAGCUGCACAACCCGUUCACCGGCGAGGAAAUGGACUUCAUCGAGCUGUUGAAGAGCUUCGGCCUCGAUAUGAAGAGCGUGGCGAACGCGUUGGGUAUCGAUAUACAAACGUUGAACAGUAUGGAUCACGACGAACUGUUAAAUCUUCUUACGCAACGAGCGAACUAACUCGUCGCAUUAAGAAGAUACAUUCCAUAAGAAGAACAAUAGAAAAUGACGAUAUUAAUGGAGAAAAAAUAAGACUUUAAUUUGUACUUUCAUCGACCGUCAUUUUCUUUCAUUGUUCGAUAAAGAUGAAUAUUUCCUUGGGAAUCUUUUUUAGGAAACAAGAGACUGAAAGGAAACAAGGCGUUUAAUGCGUCUCUAGAAGAGAACAUAGAUAUUUGUUUGAAUUUUUUCAGACUCUUGAAACAAUUUUAACAUCAUUAAAUUUGAAAUCAUUAAAUUGUACAUAAGUAUUCGUUAGAGUUUCUAUGAAAUACUUAGAAUUUUCGUUAGAGGAAUCGAUUCGAUUAUAUUUUAUGGUCGAAUUCAUCUUCCAGCAAGUACUUAAUUCAACGACAAUUUCUUUAAACAAUUUUCGUCGUUCGUUCUUGCGUGUGAAGCGUGUAAUUCACACCAACCUUGCGAGUAGCCGAGUAAUUUAAUUUAUUUGAUAGGUUGUAGGUAAAGUAAACGGGCAUAUAAUCAUGUUACGAAUUAAUUCACUCGCCUUCGCGGUGACGCGAUCGCUGAUCAGCCAUGAGGCUUGACGUUCAAUUUACCAAAACAUCCUUCCCUCUUCAACGUUUGUACCUGGUCAGAUAGAAAGCAGCAUAUUCGCAGAACGAUUUUUUUGAAUUGUAGUUUCUGGUAUGAUAAAUUAAGUAAAGUUGUUUGUAUACUAUUGAUAGACUGAUCAAGAUCGAAGAACUUUUGUGAAAGCUCGAACGAACUAAGUAAUGCAAUUUCCGAGGAAUAUCGAAACAGUUACACGUAUACCGAAGAAGUUGGAACUGGAGACGCUCAGUAUUAAUACUGCCGGCUUAUGGUCGUGCCGCAUUCAAUGUCCAGCUAGGGCUCAACUGGAAGUUAACGUUCAGCUCGAUUCAAUAGAAUGCGCCGGAACCGAGUUUUGCGAAUUGAUGCCAAUAACGAGCAAACCGACCGACAAAGCAGCUUCAUAGACUGAUUAAAUUAUCUACCUCAACGAAUCAAAUCGUAUUAACGUCCUUCUCUGUACUGUAAACGCCGACUAGAAGAGUUUAACGCGACAAGAGUAAUUAAGGAGUUGGGUUAACGCGUACGCGCGCGCGCGCAUAGAAAGAAGCCGCGGGUUAUUGUAUCUAAUUGUACGCAGGCACUGUAAUAUACAUACUUCUCUGUAGGAUUAACUAAUUAUUUAUUUAGCGCGAGAGAAAGAAAUGCGACGAUUAAGACGAGAAGAAUUCUUUUAAGCGUUUAAUUUAUUUUUCGCGCGUUGCAAUCGAUAUCAAUCCUCUUCGACGCUCUUUCCUCACCUUUGCGUCCGUCAUACAAAUCAUUGUUAUUUUGUACUCGCGUGAGACUGUAAAUAAAUUGUAUAUCUGUUAUACUAAACGA